GCAUGCGAUAGACUGGGACGAGCACGAUUACUCAGCGAAACAACAUGGCGGCCCUCGAGGACAAAGCGAUUUGGGAAGAUGGCGAGGAAAUGGACGAAGAAGUUCUUCGUAUGCAGACAGACGAAAUUGUCAGCCGGGCUCGACUGUUAGACAAUGAAAUUAAGAUAAUGAAAAGUGAAAUCAUGAGGAUUAAUCAUGAACAGCAAGCUAUGAAAGAGAAAAUCAAGGUAAAAUGCUCUUUGUCAUGUUAUGAUCUACCUUCAGGUGUAUUAUUGUAUGGUCCCCCUGGAACUGGAAAAACAUUGAUGGCCAGAGCUUGUGCUGCACAAACAAAGUCAACUUUUCUCAAGCUGGCAGGUCCUCAACUUGUUCAGAUGUUUAUUGGUGAUGGAGCCAAGCUCGUGAGGGAUGCAUUUGCUCUAGCCAAGGAGAAGACCCCAGCCAUUAUAUUUAUUGAUGAACUGGAUGCAAUUGGUACAAAGAGAUUUGACAGUGAAAAGGCUGGAGACAGAGAGGUGCAAAGAACAAUGCUGGAGUUGCUUAAUCAGUUAGAUGGAUUUAGUUCUCAUCACGACAUCAAGGUUGUAGCUGCUACAAAUCGUGUGGACAUUCUUGAUCCAGCAUUGUUAAGAUCAGGUUUGAACUCGAUAAUUAUUAGUCUUUUUUUCGGUUUUCAAUGUUUCCAGUUCCUGAAAAGUAUAUCCAGGGAAAUCUAUGAUUGGAAUUGUUCGCUUGUUCUCUCACAGGGUAUGAUUGCUUUGCGUCGUGAAGCCACUGAGGUAAUUCAUGAAGAUUACAUGGACGGCAUCAUGGAAGUGAAUGCCAAAAAGAAAGCCAACUUGAUGUACUACGCUUGAAGAAGCUGUUCUCUUUGUAAAUAAGCUGGACACAAUAGCGACGUUUCAGUUUAUUUCUGGCUAAACUGACUCACAGACUUCACGAUCCAUCUUUCCCUCUACUAAGAUCUACGUUGGUUGUCUUGUAAUGGUUGUCAAGAAAAUAAUUACUAGUCUUCGUUGGCGCCCUUUGAGUCGUCACGCCAUCUUCGAGAUCCAUUGCGUGACGGCCAACGCACGCCCGCGAAGAAGACUGGUAAAUGAUUUUGUAGUAAGUCGUAUACCUGAACGACGUUCUCGGGUUCUUUGAUAAAAUGCCAAUAAAUACUCCCUUAUCCACACAUGGUGGCUAAUGUAACUUUUACUCCCGGCUUUUACUUUUCUGUAUUAAUUGUUAUUGAUAAAGCCCGGAAAAAA